AUGCUCAUGGAGGAGGACAUCGACGACAGGUUCUUCUACCAGUACCCCGACCACCCCGCGCUCCUUAGCGCCCAGCAGCCGUAUGCACAGAUCCUCUCCGACGCCACCGCCUCCUCCUCAUCCGACUCCGCCGCCGUCACCAGCUCAGGGACCGGCGUCAACUCCACCCUCUCCUCGUCCUCCUCCGCCCCCCCAUCUGCCGACCCCACCUGGCCCUACGACCCAAUCGAGCUCUCCCAGCUGCUGCGCUCCCCUCCGUACCCGGACAUUGGGGUGGGGCUCGAUGACUUCACCGCCGAUGAGGUCAACGCCGUCUUCUUGCCGGGACAAGACGCCGCGUUCCAGCCGAGUCCGGCGUUCUUGGAUACCGCCGGCGGCGGCGGCGGAGGCCAACGGCUGAGCGCUUCCUUCACAGCCCAGAACGCGGGCGGUGGUGGAGCCCAACAGCAGUGCGCUUCCCUCGUUGCCCAGGACGCCGGCGAUGGCGUGGGCAUCCAGAGGUCGGCGUGCGCGGAGGAGGAGACGAAGACAGAGGACACCACCUUGCCUGCUGGUGAUGCUGACCAUGCGGCGCUGUUCUCGGCGUUCUUCAGUGCCCAGAAUGGGGAGAACAUGGACAUGCUCAACAUGGCGUUCCUCAAAGGCAUGGAAGAGGCCAAGAAAUUCUUGCCCACCAAUAAUAGCCUUCUCAUCGACCUUGAUGCCACCUCUGGCCAAUCCUUGCCUACAGACAGAGACAUCAAGCCGUCGACUGCCUUUGUUGCUACCCAAGUGAAGGAGGAGGAGGUGGAUGGAAUAUCAAUGCUUGGAGGAAGUAGCAAUGGCAGGGGCCGCAAGAACCGUCACUCCCAAGAGGACCUGGAAGUGGAGACAGGCAGAAACAGCAAACUGAUGAUGCCUGAACAAGAAGAAACCGGUGCUAGUGAGCUGUUCGACGAAUUAAUGUCCGACAAACAUGAUGGAUUCUUGAAACACAUGCAGGAUCUGCGCAUCGCCAUGGAUAGCGAGUCUGAGAAGAGUGCCAGGAGGGUGAGCCGGAAGGGGGCGCGGGGAAGACAGCAUGGGAACGAGUUUGUUGACCUGCACACCAUGCUCAUCCAUUGCGCACAGGCAAUGGCCACAGGCGAUCGCCGAAGUGCAACCGAGAUGCUGAAACAGAUCAAGCAGCACUCCUCUCUCAGAGGGGAUGCCACACAGAGGUUGGCCUAUUGUUUUGCAGAAGGACUGGAGGCGCGACUUGCUGGCACAGGGAGCCAGGUGUACCAGUCGCUCAUGGCAAAACGCACGUCGGUUGUGGAGUUCCUCAAGGCAUACAAGCUAUUCUUGGCGGCCAUCAGCCUCAAUAAGGUGCAUAUUAUCUUCUCCAACAGCAACAUCUUGGAUGCCGUGGCAGGGAGGAGCAAGUUGCACAUAGUGGCAUAUGGUGUUCAGUAUGGUUUACAGUGGCCAGGCUUGCUACAUUUCCUAGCAGAUAGAGAAGGUGGACCUCCAGAGGUGAGGUUCACUGGCAUUGACCUUCCGCAGCCUGGGUUCCGCCCAGCCUACCAGAUUGAAGAAACAGGCCGCCGGCUUAGCAACUGUGCCCACGAAUUCGGCGUGCCAUUCAAGUUCCAUGCCAUAGCAGCAAAGUGGGAGACGGUUUCUGCCGAGGACCUCAACAUUGAUCCAGAUGAGGUGCUCGUUGUGAACAGUGACUGCCACUUCAGUAACUUGAUGGAUGAGAGUGUUGACGUUGACACCCCAAGCCCCAGAGAUUUGGUGCUCAACAACAUUCGAAAGAUGCGACCCAAUAUUUUCAUCCAGAUUGUCAAUAAUGGCUCAUAUGGUGCUCCAUUCUUCCCGACACGGUUCCGGGAGGCACUGUUCUACUACUCAGCACUAUUUGACAUGCUGGAUGCAACCAUUCCCCGGGACAAUGAUGUACGGCUACUGAUCGAGCGGGAUAUUGUUGGGCGAUCUGCCCUGAAUGUUAUUGCUUGUGAGGGUGCAGACAGGUUGGAUCGCCCUGAGACUUAUAAGCAAUGGCAGGUGCGGAACCACCGGGCUGGGCUCAAGCAGCUGCCGUUGAAUCCAGAGGUUGUAAAGCUUGUGAGGGAUAAGGUCAAGAAGUAUUACCACAAAGACUUUCUCAUUGAUGAGGAUCAUCGAUGGUUGUUGCAGGGAUGGAAAGGGCGGGUCCUCUUGGCCGUGUCAACAUGGGUUGCUGAGGAUUAUGAAUGA